CUUUCUCGCAGGAGGAGAGUGACACCGCAGGAAGCGGCACUUCUUAUAUAUGGACUGGGAGUAGAAGCAUUCUACGCAGCGCUUUCCGGGGAACUUGUGCCGUUGUAUCCCGUAUCUUAAGUCAGUUAUCCGUCCAGGACGUCACCUGGAGAUGGAAGACGCGGAACUCGCUCGUAUUCGAGCCGAAAGGAUGGCUCAGCUCCAAACAGCAAACGCACGAGACGGCGGGGAAGACACCUCCAGAGAGGAGCAGGCAGAGGAAUAUCGGAACAGAGCGGAGCAAAUGAAAAAUCAAGCUCUACAACAGAUAUUGACUCAGGAAGCACGAGCCCGUCUUGCCAUGAUUGAAAUGACGAAGCCCGAGUUGGCCGAGCUCGCGAUCCAGUCCGUUCUACGAAUGACAGGCGGUGGCCGGAGUGCGGUCAAAAUUUCUGAUGAGGAUUUGCGCGGAAUUCUGGAACGGCUCUCUUCAAGCACGCAAAAGAAAGAAACGAAAGUAACUUUCAACAGACGGAGGGCUGGUUUGGACUCGGACGACGAAGAUUGGUGAUAUCAUCUGUAUAAUAAUAUUGAUAUUGAUACGCAAUAAUAAAUGGAGCUGUCUCC